GAUCCUAAUGGAUACCUUAUAUACUGCCCUUGCAUGGGUCGUUUUGGAAAUCAAGCUGCUCACUUCUUGGGUGCAUUUCGCUUCGCAAAAGGCAUCAAUCGUACUCUAGUCUUGCCUCCUUUUCGUCAAGAGGUACAUAUUCCUUUUACAGACUUUUUUGAAUUAGAGACCAUACAGAAAUUUCAUCGAGUAAUAUCUAUGGAAAAAUUUAUGAAAGAGUUGGCACCGAAAUAUUGGCCUAAAGGUCAACGUCGAGGCUAUUGUUGGCUACCUCCUAGCUCAGAUGCAAAGUGUCAACUUAAAGAGCAUUCGUUCGCCUACUUUUGGGAUCAUUUCAAUAUUGACUUCGAUGAUUAUGUACGCUACUUCUUAUCGUACGAUACAUCAUAUCCACAAUCAGUACAACAGUGGCACGAAACAUUUCCUGCUUCGAAACAUCCUGUUCUUGCGCUUCGAGGUGCCCCUGCAAACUUUCCAGUAGCUGAUGCUGAUAGACCUUUACACAGGUAUUUGAUAUGGACCAAGGAAAUGAAUAAAACAGCUGAUGAAGUUAUUCAGCAAUAUAUGCCAGAUGGUGCUUAUGUUGGCAUUCAUUUAAGAAAUGGGAUAGAUUGGGAAAAUGCAUGUAAAUCAAUGACUGCAGCUAUGGAGGUUGGCCAUUAUAUGGAAUCGCCGCAAUGCUUAGGUAGAUAUCCAAAAAAGGAAGAUGUCAACCCGGAUUUAUGUUUUCCAAGUGAUAAGGAAAUACUAAAACGUGUCAAGAAAGCUGUGAAUAAAAUAAAAGCCAAGUAUGUCUAUGUAGCAACUGAUCAUAACCCCAUGAUUGAAAAAUUGACGAAACAUUUGCAAAAGAAAAAGGUUAAAGUGGUUCACGUCAACAAUAAAUUACCCCAGACAGAUCUUUUAAUACUCGGUAAAGCCAAUUAUUUCAUCGGCAAUUGUAUUUCAUCGUUUACAUCCGUAGCUACUCGUCAGCGUCAAGCAGCAGGUUUACCAACAAGCUUUUUUGGAUGGAACAAGGAA